CCACCAAAUAACCCUCACGAUAUGCAUUGAUUCAAUAUAUCGCAUCUCCGAGCCUUUUCUACUCAUCAAGUCAAUAAACCAGAAUCAUGCAUGCCUUCACGAUCCUCACCGCUUUGGUCACGGCUUUGGCGACCACAGCAAUCGCUGCACCCGCUUCGCCACUUUGGCCACCAGGUUAUGUUCCCUCGGUACACAUGCUCAUGCCGGGUAUCUACAUCGUCGCGGAGCAAGACUCUGCGCUCGCUGCAGCUUUGACAGACGCCAGAAAGAAAAAUGAAGCACUUUGAGUGUGGAAGCCCGGGAAAAGCGGGGAUCGAUGUGUACACGGACUUCCUGCAGUGAAAUACUGUCUUUACCGAUAUGGCGGAUGUUGAUUCAAGGAUGUAUGGCUAAGCGAUCGGCACACAAUUUAUAUUAUUGAUUGCCGAAAACCGAAGGUCAUUAACAUGAGUGAUGAAUGAUUGCGAUUCAGCGAGACAUAUAAUCGGCUCCUCACAACCACGGCAUUGGCGUGAAGAGACGAUCGGUAUGCCUGUCUUAUCUUGCAGGCCAGAUCCCGCGAAUCAUCUGUCUGAUAACUCCUGCUUGUUGAUAUGUUCACAGGUCGCUUGAUCGCGUCUGUACGACUUCUCAGCCACUGCUGUGAUACAUUCAUGUUGCACUUGUAUCACCCAGCGGUUUCACUGCCUUAAAUCCAAACUGCAAGUAACAAAAACAGUAAGCUUGGCGGACGUUACCACCCUCGAGUCGCUCAAAGCCAAUGCCGUACUUUCAACUGUAUAAGCGCGAUGUCCCUCCUUGCAUACUGAUGGGUCGCUUCCUUGCUCCAGUGCCACGUACUUCAGCUUUUGCACCCCCAUUAUGAUCAUAGGGUGAGAGCCUGGUGUUGCCCCCCUCUAGCAUCCCCAUGACUUCCGCCGGAUCGGUAUGAAAGUGCUGCGCCGUAUUCAAUGGAAACACAGACGCCUUAAUUUCUUCCAUAGAGAACAUUGGAAAUUGCGCUAAUUAGACUACUUUGUUUCCCAUGUUUGUAAACACUCGCGAUCGCAGCAAAAUUCUACAUAUCUUUGCUUCAGUAUAUUCAUUGCUUUUUGUUCGAAUGUCCAGGAUCCGCGCCACAGUUUAUCAUAAGAUCUUGACUCAGCUAGCAAUGCCAUGGACUUUGCAGCGACCCGGCAUGCAUACGUGGUACGGCAUCGAGGUUCGGAUUCGGAUUCUGGACCAUUCGUAAACGUUGUUACGUGGAUUAUGCUCAUCACUUCAACGCUGGCGGUUUUGACAAGGCUGGUCACGAAAAGAGCGCUCAGAAGGAGAAUCGAUGUCGAUGAUGCUUUUGUGGCUGCCGCGCUUCUUGCCAGUAUAGGAUCUGGGGUCGCAGUCACUGUGCAAACGAAAAAUGGACUAGGACGCAGUAAAGCUAUGUUGGACCCCGGCAGCAUCCCCAUUUACGAAAAGGCGGAAUAUGCGAACAAACUCCUUUACAUCGCGACCUUGGCACUAGCAAAACUAUCUAUUAUCUCACUGCUCAUGAUCCUCACCGCCUCCGACCUGCACCGGAAUAUGGGAAUCGCGUUGACUGCUAUGAUUGCGCUCUGGGGGUUGGUGUCAGAAUUCACAGCAGCGUUCCAGUGUGGGAUCGAUCGGCCAUGGCAAUACUCUGACACAACAGAUAAAUGUCUUAGCAUGAUCAAGGUGUGGCUCGGGGUCGCUGUUGGCAAUAUGAUAACAGAUCUAUUUUUGGUCCUGUUCCCGAUUCACAUUAUUCUUACGUUGCAGAUGAGCAUGAAGAAGAAGAUAACCAUACUAUGUUUCUUCGGGUCCCGGUCGCUCGACAUCGUCGCAACUGCGAUUCAGCUUAGUUACGUGCCUGAUUUUCACUCGCCAGAUCCCACCCGCGCUCUGUGGACAUGGACCCUCACCACCCAGGUUAUCGAAUGCCUGACGAUUCUCACAUCCUGCGUUCCCUACCUACGACCACUCCUCGAGGACCUUCUAACCGGUCUCUACGCUGUGGAUGAGCUACGCAGACGAGGUAACUCCACAUCUAGUUCAAGAUAUGCGCGCACUCGGAACAAUGGCGAGUCCUACAAGUUAAGCUCAACGAACUCUUUCCUACACCCGUGGGAGAAACGCGCAAAACGUAGUCACAGCGGAGAAAGUGGCAUCAGGCGAUUCCUUCCUACACUGAGUGAGGUGGGUACAAAUAACGCCAAUUCAGCCAGUGGACUGCCUGGAGGACCAAAGCGGUCAGACGGUAGGAUCAAUGUUGAGAUCACUGCGCGGAAAGACGAAACCGCUUCUGAGCUCGGGAAGUGGGAGACAGAGAGCACUGGCAGUCAAGCGAAAAUUGUCAAGACUACCGUCAUGAGCGCGGAAUGGGAAGAAAGACAGAGUAAUCGGCAAUCUGACGAUGACAUUACCGUGUUACGGACAGACAGUUAAAGGUUCUAUCGUCUAGAUGACCUUGUAUUCCGAUCAUACCCUGUUCCCUGGAACAAUAGGUAUGAUUUAGAAUAUUAUUGAGUAAUCCUGAUAGUCGAGAUACCUGGGCACAAAUGGAAUACAUUUUUUUGCGAUGUGUCCAUGUCUCAUGUCUCUCAAAAAUUUUGUACCUGAUAUAUUGAUCGUGAUGUCCUCACAUCAUCAACUCUCACGAGAUUAUCAAGACAAGCACCGAAAUCAUAGGACUGGGCAUGUGACAUGACGGCGUACAGCAAUAAUGAAUUGUUGAAUCGCUCGGCAUUUUGUCCUCUGAUUUGAACCUGGCCUGGCUUAAAAGCGAAUUACAAACAAAUGUACAGUAAGAUGCGCAGUUUCCAAAACUGAGUGCAGUUGCGUAAUGCCCACUUUUUCCCGACUUUCCUAUAGCUCAUCUCUGGAUAAUUGGUACUGAUAUGGCUUUCAUCCUACACCCAACAGCAUUUCUUAUUGAUAGCCCCACAAUUGCCUACCGAGGCAAAUCGUCAGAAUUGCACUCUACA